AUGGACCUCACCGACCCCGCCCACAACCCAGGCACCUUCCGCACACGCCCACGCACCAGCCGCUCCGGCGACCAAGAACUGCCCUGGAAACUGAUCAUCCCUGGCGGCGAAGACGACGCCCACGUCGAGCAGCAACAGCACAAAACCUCAACCCCAAUCUCAACCCCCAUCCUCAAACCCCCCACCACCACCGGCUUCCACCCCGAAUCCCCAGAAACAUGGUCCGCCCGCAUAACAGGGGAAGUCCUCCGCAGCAUCGGCAAGAACAGCAUCCUCGUUCCGCCGCGCCCAUCAUUGCAGCAGCAGCAGCAGCAGCAGCAGCGCUCUAAAUCCGCGCCCGCGCCCGCACCCGAACAGGAAGCAGAUUCGAUAUCGCCGAAAUCGAAGAGAUUAUCCCCGGUAGUGGGACCGGGACAUGGACCAGGACAUGGACCAGGACAAGGGCAAGGGCCAGGACAAGGGCAAGGGCAAGGGCAAGGGAGAGGGGUAACCACUUGGCGAACUACGACGAUACCCCUCCUCACUCCCGGCCCCCAGCCCCAGCCCCAUCCCCACAGUCCAAGCCCAAGCCCAGGCCCGGGUCGGCCCCUCCUCCGCCGAGGGGGAUCUACCACGGACACGAGCACGAGCACGGACACCAUCGGGGGUGGUGGUGGUGGUGGUGGUGGUGGUGGUGGCAGGACCCCGUCCCCGCUCCCGCCACCUCCGCCGUGCACGAAAGUUGAUCUCCCGGCGCUACCGGGGUCGAGUGAGUCGCUGAUGCCGGUGAGGGGGUCGCAGGGGCAACAACAUCCCGAACCACCCAGCCCCUCGACGGAGGUGGCGAAGCCGACCGAACCCCCGAGCGAGAGGGCCGGGAAGCACGAUGACGACGAGACCGAGGCCGAGGCCGAGGCCGAGAUCGUGAUGUUUAGCACAGCGUAUCCGGGGCAGGAGUGGAAGCCGGCCGGGAUUAUGGAGGCGUCGGGGUGGGGGUAUGAUUGA